GAUAAAACGCAGUCUUCCCUGUUGAAAUCGAGAAUAUAUGCUAAUCGCUGAGUAAAAAAGUAGGAGCUUUUUUCUCUGUGAGGCAACCAAAUCGACCUCUCUCUCUUCCCAAGCUCUGCUUCUGAGAAGCAUGACCACAGCCGCCGCUCCUUCUCGCAAGACCCUGAGCAAAAUCGCCUGCAACCGGCUGCAGAAGGAGCUUGUGGAAUGGCAGGUUAAUCCCCCGGUCGGCUUCAAACACAAUGUUACGGAUAAUCUACAAAGGUGGAUCAUCGAGGUCGUGGGCGCGGCAGGCACGCUUUAUGCGAGCGAGACCUACAGGCUCCAAGUCGAUUUCCCCGAACAUUACCCCAUGGAAGCGCCGCAGGUUGUUUUUCUUCAUCCGGCGCCCUUGCAUCCGCACAUUUAUAGUAACGGGCAUAUUUGUUUAGAUAUUUUAUAUGAUUCAUGGUCUCCGGCAAUGACUGUAAGCUCUGUCUGCAUCAGCAUUCUAUCCAUGCUAUCAAGCUCUACCAUUAAGCAACGCCCUGCUGACAAUGAUCGCUAUGUGAAGAACUGCAAGAAUGGCAAAUCUCCGAAGGAGACGAGGUGGUGGUUUCAUGAUGAUAAAGUAUAAACUGCAAUUGAUACUCAUUGGAGGGGUUUGCGUCAUAAUUUGAAAUUUCUUAAUGUCAUAUUUGUAAAGUGAAUCAUAAUUGCUGUUUUCAUCUAUAAUGAACCAAUGGUUAAUUAUGCCAUCCAUAACUUUUUCUUGCUAAACAUAUAUAUCUUGUUUAAUCUUUGAGUUGAUCUUAUGUUAAUGAUAAAUUAUUAAA